AUGGGUUUUGACUGUAGUUUGAACUGGUUACAACAAAGUCAAGCCUAUCUAAUAUCUGCUAUUAUAUUCAUCUACCUCAUUCCAUUUAUAUUCUUAAUCUAUUCGAACAUUCGUAUUUAUCAAACACUACGUUUUCUCAUGUAUAAACGAAACGACGAACUAAGCGAUUACAUUCCUCUAUCCUCUGGAAUAAUGAGCGAAUGUGAACAAUCUGUUGAACCGCGAUUGAACAUUUGUUUUUGUAUUUUUAUUAGACAUCUUUGUACGAAAAUUGAUCGUAAUGCAAUCUCCUCACCGCCUCUCAGGUCUUCAACGACUACAAGUGAAAGUACACGACGAAUUCAACAAAAAUAUCGUGACGUUAUUGCAACAAGAGAAGCAAAUCGUUUAAAACGUCUAAAACUCGAUCGCCGUUUUGCAUUUACCACAUUUAUCAUGGUGGCACAGUAUAUAAUCUGUUGGACACCUUACUCAAUAAUAGCUAUAUUAAAAGUAUGUCGAAAAACAAACUUUAUUGAAAGACAUGAAAUACUAAUCGUUCUAUGUGCUACAUUAGCCAAAAUAUCGAUCAUCUUAAAUCCUGCCAUUUACAUUUAUACAACCAAAAUAUCAAAACCGGGUACACUGGAUGCUCUACGAUAG